UUUUAACACAUCUUGCGCGUCACCGCGCACCUCUCCAGCUGUCCGCCUUCAAAAGACGUGUCAUUUCUUGGAAGUCGCCAAACUGUGUGUUUGUUGUGGGUACCAUCACAUCAGAAUCCUAUCAUACUCCCGAUCCCUGUUAAUUUUUUAAAAAAGGACUCUAGCUAGCCACUCUAUCAUCUGUUGAGUAGCAGCAAAGUACAAGCUACCAUGAUAACAUCAUGCUGUCGCCGUUGCUCCCUGUGGAAUGUGCUGGCCAUUUUGUUGGCGGCUGCCAUACCUUGGUGUCAUGCCUUUUGCUCUCUGCAACAUGCCGCAUUGCUGUUACCCACCCACGCCGUGUGCAGCAGCCGAGUUCUGGUAGCCGCCAGUAAGGAUCCGACGAAUAACAUUAAUAAAGGCAGUAGUAGCAGUGGUAGCACCAGCUGGUCCUCCACGGGCAACGCUGGCCAACGAGACUACACACAUCAUCGCCGAUCUCCACAGAGGAACAAUAAUAAAAGCAUUCAAGACGGCGAUCUAAUGAGUCAAGCCCAAAUGGAGUUUUUGAUGAAUGAUAUUCAAAGUCCACCGACAUCAGCAUCAUCAUCAUCGUCAACAUCACCACCCAAAGCUUCCAAUCCACCAACCAGCAGCAAUGAUACCACGGAGAAGAAAGACACAAAGGCAGCAGUGAAAAAUCCGUUAUUCUCCAGUAACAAUAACGACAACAAACAGGACAUCAAACUCCCAAGCCAAAAAUCCUCCCCCGACGAGACACUGGUCACCACCGUCCCAUUUAUUUCUCCCAAAGAAAAAGCGUCACUCAUUCAAAUGGAUCGAGCGGCCUUUCGUAUGGACGGUCUCGAAGUCUAUGCCGUCGUCAGUGCUCUGACACUGGCGUCGUCCAUUCAAUUCUUUGAAUUGCUCAGCAAACAUUGGACCAUGGCGGCACAAUCGACAACCAGCAUGUGGACCAUGGGAUUGGAUUUGAUUUGCAUUGCCGCUUCGGCCGUCGGUAUGAUUACCGGGUUGCAUUCCACCUUUGUCUUUUCGUUAAUGACUGUCUACGGUCGGACGGCUGUCGGUAUGGGAUGGGAUCAAUCGUUUGCUCGCUUUUUUGAAAAAACCGAGGCCGUGCGAUCCCGUGCCUUUCGAUCCUUUCGAAUAUCCCUCUAUACGUUCUUGGUACAAAUUCUCUUUUUGAUUGUCUGGCAAUUGCCACCGUCUCGCAUCUUGCGCAAGUUGGGCGCCGGCAUCAUGGCAGCCGUCAUGUGGAAAGUGGUCUAUGGCGAUACCAAGUUGAUUAUGGACAUGGCACGCGUCAUGUUGUUUGAAGGACGAAGUAAAGAGGAGAAGAUGCUACAAAAACAACAAGGCGACACAACACAAUCCUAGAAGGAUGGUGAUGGUGGCGGCGAGUGUCUUGUAUCCAGCAGUAGAGAUCCGCAACAACACGAGCCUGCAUGUUUGUAGGAGCCGUUUGCUGUACGACAAUCGGCCAAAUGAAUCAAUAGCAUGAAUAUAUCAAAAGAGUGUCUGACUAGCUAGCUAACUACUAGGCAGCAGAGAAGUGUACAGCAACGACGUAGUGUAGUAAAUAAGUGUAGCCACACUGUAGCCCUGUCCGAGUCUUCCGUGCUGUACCUUCCUAACUAUGUAGCUAGCUGGUUUCCACACCCGAACUCC